AUGUUCUCGGAGCUGUCUUCUUCCAGUCCUUCGCCAUUGAGCCAGCUUGGCGUGUCGCCGCCACGUGUGGAGCACUCUUCUUCGCCCGCCGUCUCGUCUUCGGGAAUCUCCUUACCAACAACACCAUCGCCGCGUCCUCGUGGGACUGCCGUCGACUUUAUCACAGUUAAUGGUCACUCUGGGGCCGCCAGGAGUGGGCAAAAUGGCCCGGAUUCGAACGCUAUACUGGCGGCCAAGACACGAGGGCAUGGUGGCAGCAAUACGGAUUGCUUCGCCCGAGGCUUUAAGAAGAAGUCGGAUUUCUGCUUCGUCUGCUCCACAGGGGCCUCUAUCAAGAAACACCUUCGCACAGUCCACGGGAUACUUUCUCCCAAGGAGUCUGUUCAUUGCGGCGGAGGCUCAUUGUUGCAUAACCGGACUAUCACGCACUUCCUCGAUGCCGAUUUCAGCAAUCCGAAUGAUCAGUUUCUCAUCAGUAACCUGCGUGGACAAUUCAAUAUCAGAGGUCUUCGCGUUCUGCUUCUCGACUGGAUUACAUAUCACAACUUACCGUUUGAGAUUGUGAAUACUGAGCGGUUCCAGCGUAUCCUCCUCUACGGCAACCCACUGCUCGAUAAGACCCAUAUUCCCUCUGCGAAGACCCUUUUUCGCAUGCUCGAAUCUGAGUACAGAGGCGCCCUUGGACCAGAGACGGAGGUGCUGCGCAAUGUUCGAUCCCAAAUACAUUUUUCCUUCGAUGGCUGGACGUCGAAAUCCUACGUGUCAUUCCUUGGGAUCAACGCGCAGUUUGUUGAUAGCGACUUCGUCCAGCAUCGAAUCCUCCUUGGGCUUCGGCCCCUCAGCGGACGUCAUACUGGCGCAUGCCUUGCUGACGAGGUAGCGGAUACGCUUGCAUUCUGGCAAAUCAAUGAUCCUGACAAGAUUGGGUACUUUACUCUCGACAACGCAGCAAACAACAAUACGUGCAUUAGGGAGCUCGCACUCGAGUACGGCUUCUCACCUGAAGAGCGACGCAUUCGAUGUGCUUGCCAUGUUAUCAACCUCUGCGUGCGGGCCACGCUCUAUGGUUCCAAGCAGGACAAUUUGGCUGCGAUUGUCGCAGCUGACGGCAACGAUGAGGACGAUGUGGAGGAACGGGUAGACCAAGCUAUUAACGAGGUGCUGGAUGGAGAGUUGAAAGACGACGAAGGCGAGACGUGGCCUGACGUUGCUGUCAGUAACCCAACUGAAGACUUCACAUCCUCCCACCCGGUUCCGGAAGAGAUUAACGGUACCACGUUCAGGGAGUAUAGCCGGAGCGGCGCGGCGGGAAUGCUGCAUAACAUCGGGCUUCAACUGCGAGGGAGCCCACAGUUAUAUGAGCAAUUUCUCCAGUCUCAACGUAAAGAAUCCGGUAAGGAAUCAACACUCCACUGGGUGUUUAACAAUGCCACCCGAUGGGACUCAGACAAGCGCAUGAUGGAGAGAGCUCUCCGCCUCCGCCCGGCACUUACUACAUUUUUCAAUGAUGUUCAGAAUCGCUGGGAAUCUGAGGGUGCUUGUGAGAACUCCAAGCCAGCGGUUCUUCAGUAUCGGCUAAGUGGGUACGACUGGAAGGUUAUCGAGAUGCUGGUCAAACUUCUGAAGCCUUUUGAAAUUGCCACUAAGCAGCUUCAGGGCAGCGGUGUCCCCGGUGAGAGAUCGACUUGUGGCAGUUUCGACGAGUAUUUCCCUAUUUUCGAGAUGCUCCUUGACCAUCUCGAAAGUGCCAUCGAAGGUACAAUCUACGAGGAAACGGAGGACCCGGUGACCAGGAAGAGGACUGAUAUCGAGGUUGCCAUUUACGAGGGACUUGAUAACAGAACUCGGAGAUUGUUCAAGGUUUUUAUUAAACUGGGGGGGAAAAAACUUCAUAAGUACUAUGCUCUUCUGACGAGUGGUGCAUAUGCGGGCGCCGUUAUUUUUAACCCCGCGAAGAAGUGGCGUCUUCUCGACCAACUGUGGUCUCGAGUUCCUACUCGUAAGGCGCAGGGUUGGCGAGCUGACUACGAAGAGAAGCUCCUGCAGAUCCGGGAGAACAACUAUAGGGGGCGUAAUGUUGACAAUAGCGCCCUCGACACAAGUGAUGAAGCCCCAAUGGAUUAUAUCGAGCGCAGGCUUGCAAGGAGCGCCGCCAGCUCGGCAUUUGCCAAGAAUCCACUUGGCGCCGCUUCCAACCUCCGCAAGACAGCCCGUAAGACGAAACAGACGACCGCGGAGGCAGCGAUGGAUGAUGAAUAUUCUAGGUACUGCGCUGAGGAUAUCGUCAACAGUCAGUACUACAGGAGCAGAUCAGUCGAUUGGUGGAAAACCAACGCCUACCGCUACCCUCGGUUGUCCAUUAUGGCCGUUGAUAUGCUUAGCAUCCCCUCAUCGUCUGCUGAGAGCGAGAGGACGUUUAGUAGUGCAGGACUGAUGACAGCGCCGUUGAGAGGCAGGUUGGCCAGGGAGAUAGUGGCUAUGGCUCAGUGUAUCCGGUCAUGGAGUAAGGCUGGGAUCUACACGCCUUCGCUGCCCUUGUGUGACCUAAGUGAUGAUGAAUGGGUUGGUGUAUUGGCGUCGCUGAAGAACGGCAGCGACUCCUGA